CCGAAAACAAGGAGAACCAAGAAACGGAAUCAAGGGAACCCGAAAUCAAGGGAACCGAAAACAAGGAGAACUAAGAAACGGAAUCAAGGAACCCCAAAUCAAGGAAACCCUAAAUCAAGGGAACCGAAGACAAGGAGAACCAAGAAACGGAAUCAAGGAAACCCGAAAUCAAGGGAACCGAAAACAAGGAGAACCAAGAAACGGAAUCAAGGAACCCGAAAUCGAGGAAACCCGAAAUCAAGCAGAACACAAAGAAGCAGUCCCAAAGACAGCAGAACAAGACGCAACGCAAGCACCCGGAACCAAGGUACCGGGCCAUCACAGAGAGACCGAAAGCCACGAGCAGUCUCCAAAAGCACGCCGCUAGCACCACAAAGCCACCGGCCGCAGCCCCCCGAAAAUGGCGCUCGGCGGUCUCCGCAGAAAAGCCCGCAGGCUCUUCCCCGCAGACCGGUCGUACGGCACGGCCAUCAGGGACCACAUCCACCGGGUCACGCUGACGCUCCAUCCCUACGUGGUCAAGGUGAUCCCCAACUUCCGCGCCGCACACUACACGUACAUCUUGUUCAUGGCGUUCCUCACGUCCGUGAUCGUGUACCCCAUCACCAGCUUCGACUACAUCGACGUGCUCUUCCUCAUGAGCGGCGCGCUGACGCAGGCCGGGCUCAACACCAUCAACUUGAACCAGCUCCGGCUCUCGCAGCAGGUGAUCGUGUACUUCACGGCCACGCUCACCACGCCCAUCUUCAUCCACGGCUCGCUCCUCUUCGUGCGGCUCUACUGGUUCGAGCGCUACUUCGACAACAUCAAGGAGUCGUCCAAGAUGAACUUCAAGAUGCGCCGCAACGCCACGUUGGCCGCCCGCACGCGGUCCUUGGACCCGCCGCGCCCGCCCGCGGAAAAGCCGCGUGCCCCGAGCCCUGCUGGCGACACGGGCUCCAGCACACGCACCGACAUGUCGUCCGCCAAGCUGGCCGGCCCGGCCUCGGACCUGGACGCGCGGCCCGGUGCCGGCCCGCCGCCGGACGGCAUCACCUUUGCCGACUUGCCCCGCCCGGCCAAGCGCACGCAGGAGGUGGACCCGUCCGACAUGUACAAGUCCAUUGCGCUUCUCCAGCAGAAGAAGCGCCAGGACAGCGGGCUUGACGGCGAGGUCUUGGUGAUCAAGUCGCCCAACGAGAUCGAGCGCGACUUGAACACGCCCAUCUACACCACGCGCUUGCACUUCCCGGGCCUGCGCAAGCCCACCAAGUGGCGCAUGCCGGGCCGGGCGCGGGGCAGGACGUGGGACGCCUUGCGGCGGACGCUUUCGAACAGCGCGCCGCUGACAAUGCGCCGCCGCGUGUCCACGGGGCGGGACCGCGACGGCGAGCCCGGGGCCGCCGAUGGAAGUGGGGCGGGCCCUCCGGAGGGCCUUGAUGGCAGGAACGGCCCGAAGGACAGCAAUGGCUUUGAUGGCGGGGUCGAGGGAUUGGACGGGAAAAUGGCGAGUUACCAGGACAUGGACGGGAAAAUGGCGAGUUACCAGGACAUGGACGACAAAACGGGAAAAGACCAGCACUUGGACGGCGCCUCCCCCAGCCGGCCCCAGCAGCACCCCGACUCCGUCUCCUUCGACAGCGUAAGCGACCUGGCGUCCAUCAGCUCGGACCUCGACGGCCCGUUGCCGCAGGCCGGCUUCUCGGACCUGGACAUCGAGCAUGCGGUUCUCGACUCCGACUCCGACUCCGACCCCGACCUCGACCCCGACUCCGGCUCCGACUCUGGCCCGUCGCCCCCGCUCGCCCCGCACAUGCUCUUCAAGGAGCCCUUCGGCCCCCGCAAGAAAACCAAGUUCGCCCAGGAGCCCACCAUCGACCGCCACAACCGCCCCUCCCAGACCCGCAGCCGCAUCGGCUUGCGCAAGUGGCGCACGCCCGUGGUCCAGGCCUUCGACACGGCCGGCCUGCCGCGCGCCCCCCACGAUGACGACGAGGAGGACGAGUACGGCGACGCCGGCGGCGCGCCGCUCGCCAAGGUCAUGAGCACCAACUACCUCUCGUGGACGCCCACCGUCGGGCGCAACUCCACGUUCGUGCACUUGACGGACGAGCAGAAGGAAGAGCUCGGCGGCGUCGAGUACCGCGCCAUCAAGCUCUUGAUCAAGAUCAUCUUCGCGUUCUACAUCGGCUCGCACGUGAUCGCGUUCUGCUUCUUCGUGGGCUUCAUCAACGUAGCGCCGGCGUACGCGGCGGAGAUGCGCGGCUUCGGGCUCUCGCCCACGUGGUGGGGCUUCUUCACGGCGCAGUCCGUGUUCAACGACUUGGGGCUCACCUUGACGCCCAACUCCAUGUUCUCGUACAGCCGCAGCGUGUACGUCUUGGUGGUGUCCAGCUUCUUCAUCGUCAUCGGCAACACCGGCUUCCCGAUCCUCCUCCGCUUUGUCAUCUGGGUCAUGUUCAAGACCGCGCGGCCCUUGUCCUUGUACAAGGAGCUGCUUGGCUUCUUGCUCGACCACCCGCGCCGCUGCUUCACGUUGCUCUUCCCGUCCAUCCCGACGUGGUGGUUGUUGUUCAUCUUGGUGGUGCUCAACGGCACGGACUUGGUCUUGUUCAUCGUGCUCGACUUGAACAACGACUACUUGAAGGCCAUCCCGCUCGGCUACCGCAUCCUCGACGGCUUGUUCCAGGCCUUCAGCACCAGGACCGCGGGCUUCUCCGUGGUCGACUUGUCCGAGCUCCACCCGUCCGUGCAGGUCAGCUACAUGAUCAUGAUGUACAUUGCCGUGCUUCCGUUGGCCAUUUCCAUCCGCCGCACCAACGUCUACGAGGAGCAGUCGUUGGGAAUCUACUUGAAGGCCGACGAGCCUGAGCACGAGCCCGAGAGCACGCCCAAGAGCUUCAUCGGCACGCACUUGCGGAACCAGUUGUCGUUCGACUUGUGGUUCAUUUUCCUCGGCCUCUUCGUCAUCUGCAUUGCCGAGAGCAGCAAGAUUGAGGCCGGCGACUUGCGCUUCACCAUCUUCCUGAUCUUGUUCGAGAUUGUCAGUGCCUACGGAACCGUGGGGCUCUCGCUCGGCUACCCGGGCGUGGACCAGUCGCUCUCCUACAAGUUCACCACACUCUCGAAGUUGAUCAUCAUAGCUAUGAUGAUCCGAGGCCGCCACAGAGGACUCCCUUACGCAUUGGACAGAGCCAUCAUGUUGCCCGAUGCAGACAUGCAGAAACGCGAUAUGGUGCAAGAGAACCACGCAUCGAACCGUGCAGGCACCAUCAGCGCAGAACCCACAGCCACUUCUUUCAACGAUGCGGCCAGCGGGGGGUUCACGGGCCGCCUCCGGAGAACCAUCUCCCGAAAGGCCCAGGAAUACCGCCGCAACUCGCUCUUUCCUGCGCCCACAAAACUUCCAGAGGAGCUCCAUGAGAUGCGCAGCUUUAGUCGUGGGCAGUAGAGAAUCUGCAAUGUGCGGAGAGCGGUCUUUGGCGCCUUGAAGGGAUUUAGUGGGGAUCACUAUGGAUACUGCUGAUGCAGAUCUAUGGGUCUACUAUAAAGCCUAAGGAGCCAUGAAGUCAUGGAGUCCAAGGAGCCAUGCAGUCAUGGAGCUUAAGAAUUCAUGGAGUCAUGCAGCUUGCAAAUGCCAUAGAGGCCAAGUCUU